CAAUGCAGAAUAUUGCAUUCCAUUGUGCACACAUCUGAAGCAAAUCUAAAUUUAAAUCUUCUAUAGCAUCACAAUGAAGGCCAAUUUGGAAAUAUCUGACAUUCUCACUAAUAAAUAUAGCUCGCACACAGUUAUGAAUUAUGAUCUUAGAUUAGGUGGGUUGUAUAUUGUUUGGCCUACUUAAUAUUCCCUCCUAUCCUAUUCUCUUGCACCAUUAAGGUUUCUUAUUGCAGUGGCUUGGCCUAAACACAAUAACAUUCUACAUGACCAAAUUCUUAGCAAGCUACAGAAAUUCCUGUGUCUUUUAGCAUCAUGUCAAUACCAGAAAUAGUGUGUUUUGUGCUGGUUUUGGCAUUUUGUGCAUUCUUUCUAGUGCUGAAAUAUUGGAAUGAGGUAAGGUACAGUAGGAAAGGAAUGCCACCAGGAACUAUGGGUUGGCCUAUUUUUGGUGAGACUGCAGGGUUUCUCAAACAAGGACCAGAUUUCAUGAAAGGCAAGAGAGCAAGGUAUGGAAAUCUCUUCAAGACUCAUGCAUUAGGCUCUCCUGUUGUUAUCAGCAUGGAUCCAGAACUAAACAGAUUCAUCCUCCAGAACGAAGCAAAUGGUCUAGUUCCUGGUUACCCUGUGUCCAUGAGGAAUAUACUUGGGAAAGGAAACAUUGCUGAAGUUCAUGGUGCUCUUCAUAAACGCAUUAGAGGGUCAAUAUUAUCAUUCAUUGGUCCUGCUGCAAUUAGAAAUCAUCAUUUGCAAGAAAUUGACAGAUUUAUGCAGUCUUUCCUUGACAACUGGGAUGGUAAAACUAUUGAUAUUCAGCAAAAAACCAAACAGAUGGCAUUCUUUGUAUCAAUGAAACUUAUUGUAGAAAAUGAAACAAGUCCUUUCCCUGAGACCUUCAAAGCUACAUUUGACAACAUAGUGUCAGGAACAUUUUCAUUGCCUAUUAAAAUUCCUGGAACCAACUACUUUCGAGGACUUCAGACAAGGAAAAAAGUGGUUGGGAUCCUUAAAGAGAUUUUAACCAAAAGAAGAUCUUCUUUGGCCGCUCAUGCUGACAUUCUUGAUCAACUCAUGAGAAAUGAGGACCUUACAUACAAACUUACUGAUGAACAAAUAAUUGAUCAGAUAAUCACAUUCUUAUACUCAGGUUAUGAAACUGUAUCAACUGCUACAAUGAUGGCUGUCAAAUAUCUCCAUGAUAAUUAUAGAGUUCUUGAAGAAGUAAGGGAAGAGCAUUUUGCAAUCCAGCAAAGAAAGAGACCAGAGGAUGUAGUAAGCUGGGAUGACUAUAAGCGUAUGGUUUAUACUCGUGCGGUAAUUUUUGAAACAUUGAGAUUUGCUAACAUUGUUAAUGGGGUGUUGAGGAAGACCACCAAAGACGUUGAACUGAAUGGAUUUACCAUUCCUCAGGGAUGGAGAGUUUAUGUGUACACAAGGGAGACCAAUUGUGAUUCCAUUCUCUAUCCAGAGCCUUUUAAUUUUAACCCCUCCAGAUGGCUGGAAUGGAGUCUCAUAGCCAUAACAUGUUAUUUGGAGCAGGAGUUAGGCUGUGUCCUGGAAAGGAACUUGGCCUAGUUAUAAUCUCUCUUUUCAUUCACUACUUCGUGACUAGAUACAGGUGGGAAGUAGAGAGAAACAAUCUCCUGAAAUUCCCGAGAGUUGAAGCACCGAAUGGACUACACAUAAGAGUCAAAAAAUACUAGAAUACAAUACGAAUUUGUUGUUACAAAAUAUUCUUGCAGAAGUAAUAACCAAAAGAUGCACAAAUAAUCUUAUGUUAGAUGUAAAGUAGCACAAUGCAUGAAUGAAGCUGUAAAAAUUGUUCUAAAUUUUAUUGAGUUUGAAUUGUUUACAUUUAAUCUUGUGGUCACCUAAUAUACUCAACGAAAACUUUCAGCAAAAGUUACAUCGCCCCCUUUGGCCCCUUAGCGGUUAACCUUUUUUUAUAUAGUCUCAAAUGUUUUGGUAAUUAUAUUA